AUGACUACUGUCCAGGCCAAGCAGACCCCUCAUCUUUUUCCUUCAACAUCCUCUCUGAACUCCCAGUCAAGUAACCAGAAGUCGUUUACCUCAUUGAGACUUCUACUUUCUUCAAAAUCAAAAUCUUCCACUCCUACCCCGGCAAGUUCCCGCACUGAGCUGUCCCAGUCCUCGUCUUUGAACACAAGUGUUGCUUCAGAAACAGUCAACUUCUCCAGAAAACAAACAACCCGUCGGAGAUCAAACUUCCCCCACACCUACGAGUCAUCCACUUUAGAAUCGCUUUAUAACCCCCACUUGCUUCGGCAAAAGACUCUUGACUACCUGAGGCCAAAACUGAACCACCUCUCUCCUAAGCAGUUUGAAUUCUUGGUUGCAGAUCAGAUCCCGUUACAGCUAUCCCCCUCGUAUGAAAAACUGUGGAUAUCUCCCUCUAUGAACAAAACAAAUUUGCAAGCAACCCCUCCAUAUGUUCCAACAUCUCUGAACACUACGUCGUUGGCCACCUUCCAGUUCCAGUAUUUCAAUUUUCUGGUUAGGUUGCAACUAAACAAGCUCACGAGACCACUCUGA